AUGAAUAUAUUAUCAGAUAGUGCGUCAACAUUGAACAACCAAAAUAAUAGUAACAACAAUAACAACAACAACAAUAAUUUAAUUUAUAAAAUAAUAAAUUAUGACGAACAAACAGAGUCAUUUAUCAAUGAUUGGCUUAACCACUUGAUUACUGUUUUCGUUGAUACACCUUACCAAUACUUUAAGGAACAUCAUUAUUCUGACCCUUACAAACAAAAGAACAAUAAUGAAAAGAUUGUCUCUACUGUAAAGUUAUUUAUUCGAGAUAUCUUACUGAUUGGUUCUAGUAUCACUUGUUUUGGUGGUAUUGGAGAAGUAAGCACCAAUGUUAAUUAUAGAGGUAGAUCUCUUUCGAUAAAGUUACUCGAUAUGGCUCUAGAGUAUAUGAAUGAAAAUAAUAUCAAAUUAGGAUUGCUAUUCAGUUCAAAGUUUGCACCUAUGUAUCACUCUAAAGGUUGGUCUUAUAUUGAUAGAUCAUUCACUAUUGAGACAUUUCACAACAUUAAUAAUAAUAAUAACGAUAAAGAUAAUAAUAAUAUUAAUAAUUACAAUAAUAGUUUUGAUAAUAAUAAUUUAAAAUUUGAACAAUUAUAUUCAAAUACUUUAAAAGAAGAUGAUCAUCAUCAUCAUCACAGUAUAAUAGAAUCAUUAUUACAUACAAAACAAUAUAAUUCAAAUGUAGUUAGAGAUAUCAGUUAUUGGAGAGAUUGGAUUGCAUCGAAUAUUUCACCAUCAUUAAAUAGUAAUAAAGGAUGGUUGCUAAGUUGUAAUGGUUUGAUUGUCGGAUUUAUUAUUACUGGUAUAUUUAAGAUCUAUGAAACAAAUGAUAAGAAACCAACGAUAAUGAUGGUGGUAAAAGAUAUUGCAAUCAACGAGAAAUGGAGAGAUGAUAAUACAGUAGAAAGAGAAGCUAUAAUCAUUAAAUUAAUACAACUAGCUUUUGAUAGUCUUAAACAGCAACAACAACAAUCAACACCAGAAGAAGAAAUACUAUCAAUUCAAUAUCCAACAACUUUAUUUUCUAAUCUUUUCAACAAUAAUAACAAGCAAACCAAUGUGAUUUUUAAUCCUUUAAAUAGUACAAUACAACAUAGAGUAGAUAAAUCAAUGAUGGCAAGGUUUGUUAGUGAUAAAAGUAUCAGUAAUGAACAAACAUCUCUUGCGAAUCUAUUCCCAUUGGAAUCAACCAUCUAUUGGGAUAUAGAUAAAUUCUAA